UAAAUUUUCAAAGGUCUUUUUCGGUGUUUUCGUCCGUCAGCUCGUUUUGUGUAUGUAUUCUCCAUUCAAGAUGUGGAAUUGGACUACCAUAUGUGCAAAAAAAUAUGCAUGUUUGCGCACAACCAUCCGUUUCUCUAGCGUAGCUAAUCCUAAAGUGUGCAUUGUUGGAAGUGGUCCUGCAGGAUUUUACACAGCCCAACAUCUUAUAAAAAAUGAACCCAACCUUGAAAUAGACAUGUUUGAAAAGCUACCUGUACCUUUUGGAUUGGUCAGGUAUGGGGUAGCACCAGACCAUGCUGAUGUAAAAAAUGUAAUAAAUACAUUCACAAGCAUUGCAAAGUCUGGCAGGCUUCAGUUUAUUGGAAAUGUCACGAUAGGAAAGGAUGUUACUCUAAAUGAUCUGAGAACGGCCUAUGAUGUUGUGGUUUUGGCUUAUGGUGCUGCACAAGAUAGAUGGUUAGGCAUUCCAGGAGAAAACUUAAAGAAUGUUGUUUCUGCAAGGAAAUUUGUGGGUUGGUAUAAUGGACUACCUGAAGAAAGCAGUCUGGAGUUUGAUUCGAAUGUUGAAACUGCUGUUAUUAUUGGGCAGGGAAAUGUUGCCUUGGAUAUUGCUAGAAUAUUGCUGACGCCCAUUGAGAUCCUAAAAAAAACAGAUAUUGCUCAACAUGCACUUCAAGCUCUUAAAGAAAGUAGAAUAAAGAAUGUUAAACUUGUUGGAAGGCGAGGACCAUUACAAGUGGCCUUUACUAUCAAAGAACUAAGAGAAAUGAUAAAACUGCCAUAUGUUUCCAACCGUAUCCAUAUUGAAGACCGAGAUUACAUCGAAGCGUGCAUCCCUAAAACGCCUAGACCCAGAAGAAGAUUAACCGAAUUGAUGCUUCAGUCGGCCGAUACGAAGCAGGAGGAAGUAAAGGACUCAUCAAAGCAAUGGGAGCUAAUUUUUCACCGGACUCCGUUAGAAAUCGUAAAAAGCGAAAACCAGAGAAGUGUCAAAAACUUAGUGGUCGGGGUCAAUCGAUUGAAAGGAGAUAAUUGGGAAAAUCUUCAAAUAGAAGAUACUGGUCUUCGAGAGAGAAUACCUUGCGGUAUGAUCAUAAAAAGUAUCGGUUAUAAAAGUCUUCCGUUAUCCGACGAGCUGCCUUUUGACCAUAUCAAGGGAGUUAUUCGCCAAAAGGAAGGGAGGGUUGAAGGAAUGCCAGGUGUGUUCUGCAGUGGUUGGGUUGCAAGUGGCCCUGUAGGAGUAAUAGCCUCAACCUUGCAAAGUGGUCACGAUGUCGGAAAGAGAAUUCUCGAGGACCUAAGGAAAGGAAAUUUUGCAACCAGCACAGUAAAACCUGGACGUGAUGUUAUUUUGUCUCAACUUGCCGCAAGAGGUGUCGAGCCUGUUACCUUUGUAGAAUGGGAGACUUUAGAUAACGAAGAACGAGAGCGUGGUAAAAAUCAGGAAAAGCCGCGUGAAAAGAUCAUUGACGUUAAAGAAAUGAUAGAUAUCGCAAAAAAGACACAGUCAUAAAUAUACCGCCUGUAUUACAUGGA